AUGUCGACGUCGAGGAUAGACUCUCGCAAGUCGCUGACGGGCAGCGACCCUGUGUUCUCUCAAUCACACACGCCGGCAUAUACGAGGUCAUACGACCCCAUCGACUACAACCACAAUCAUCCGGCCGACUACAACCACCAGCCCGUCUACGCAGAGCCCAGCCCCGACCUUCAUCCUCCUCCGCCUACGUACCCUCCGAACAACAUGAACAAUUCGAAACCAGACGAAGGAUACAAUCAAGGCUAUGCCCAUCGCCAGGGCUUGGCGCCUUCGUCGCCCCAGGCGAAGUCGGCUCCGAAGAGAUGGUGCGCCUUCAUGAGCAACAAGUGGGCUGCCAUGUUCUUUGGUGUCACGGUCCUCCAGGCUAUCAUUUGCUUGUGCUUUGAAUCCUACAUCUUUGCGAAAUUCCAGUCACAAAUCAGCCCCAAUCUUCCCAGCGUUCUGGCACCCGAAGUGAAGAAAGAAAUCGAAGCAAACAUGAAGACGAUUCCAACUUUCCUGACCCUGUUCAUCUUCGGUUUCUUGUACGAGUUCAUUAUUGUUUGGGAUGCUUUGCGCGCCAAAAACACCAUUCAGGUUAUUGGAGUGUGCUUUGCCAACCUUGCACUCGUUGUGUAUACAGCCAUCCAGGUCGAUCAGAUGAAGUGGGCGCUUGAUGAGCUGUUCAAGACUGGACAGGUGAAGGACGUUAUUAGCGCCGACAUCGUUUUCGAGUGGUUGCGACCAUCCCUCAUCGUCAUUCCGUGUAUCAUCGGAUUUGUCACUAUUCUGAUGGGCUUCAUAACAUGGAAGCUCUACCAAGAAUUUGCCUGGGACAUUCUUAAGAUCAUCGGUGCCGACUACAGAAUGAAGAAGCGAUUCCUUCACUAUCAGAUCUACAUCGCUCUUCUCAAGUUCGAUUUCUUCUUCUUCCUCGGAUUCAUCAUUCAACUCGUUGUCAUUGUUACGGAUACACAGGAUGUCGAAUUUGCCCUGACGAUCGUUACCAUUCCGAUUACCAUCCUCAUUCUUGUUGCCGCCGCAUUCUUCACCCGAAGGGAGAACAAAUGGGGAAUGGGUGGUGUCUUUAUCCUCUACAUCGGUGGUCUUACCUAUUUCAUCUAUAAGCUUGCCCGCAUUCACUCUACGGACCCCAAGUGGCAGGAGUACUACAAGACUGUUCGGAGGUCCUUGACAGCCUUUGCCGCCAUCACCAUCUUCUUCAUUCUACUCACGAUGACCAACUGCAUUGUCUGCGUGCUCAACUUCAACAAGGGUCUCAAGCAGCAUCUUCUUUCCAAGAAGAAGAAGAGUCUGGAAAGCCAAGAGGGCAAUGACGUCAACCUUAACGACGUGAAGCCACAGUCAAGCAGGAUGACAAUCGAUUAA